ACAAUUUAUCAGAAACACAGAGGGAGGCGUUUACACGUGCGAACGAUAGGUUUUUAGGUUUUGUUCCGGUUUCUCUUCUCCUCUCUCAAUUUCCCGCCACGCUUCUUUUCCUCUUUCACCUAAUUCCAAAAACCCUAAUCUCUCUUUACAGGCGGGAAUCGUGUCUCCAUUUAAGAACAACUCACCGCCUGCCAUGAUAUAAAAGAAAAACAAUCAUUCGAUCUAUGGUUUGGUUCUUUAGGUUGAUAGAUCAAAAAAGAGGAUAACAAGAUGCCACGCACUAGCAGAUUGGAGUGUCCCGGUUGCCCACCCCUCAGAGCAUUGACCUUCGACUCUCUCGGUCUCAUUAAAGUUAUUGAAGCUCGUGGGAAUCAAGGAAUUCCCACAGUUGUCGAUAGAUGGGGCACGCCUGAUUCUUCCCGAUGCGUGCUUGCAGCUUCCAUUGCUGACCAUAGAACUAACCCGCUUCUAGCUGUUGCAAGGAAAAACGGUCUGGUUGAGUUGGUUAACCCUCUAGAUGGAGACGUUCGUGUUGCAAUCAGAGUUAGUGAAGCUGAUAGUGCAGGUCAUAUUCCUGAAGACAAUCUUGUUGCUGGAUUGCAUCUGUUUAAAAAGAGGCUGGAGUUAACAUCUAGGGCAAGUGCAUUUCUUACAUGCACAGUGAAAGGAACUGCGAGCUUGAGGUCCAUUGAAAUAAGUGAUACAUCUGCGGAUUUUACUUAUUCUGAUUCUCCAAGCACAUGGAAUGUAUGUCCUGCUGGGAAAAUUUUAUGUUCUUCAGUGGAUGGAAAUGAGAACUAUGCCGUAUUUGGAGGGAAGGGCGUUGAAGUUAAUGUGUGGGAUCUUGACGAGUGCAAGAAGCUCUGGACUGCAAAACCUCCUCCACGUAAUGCCCUUGAUAUAUUUACUCCUACUUGGUUUACCGCUGCAACUUUCCUUAGUAAAGAAGAUCAUCGGAAGAUUGUGGCUGGCACCAACAAUCAUCAGGUUCGCCUAUAUGAUAUAUCUGCACAAAGAAGACCUGUUCUUUCAAUUAAUUUUCGAGAGUCUCCAAUUAAGGUCGUUACUGAGGAUCUGGAUGGAUAUACAGUCUAUUUAGGAACUGGGUGCGGCGACCUUGCUUCUUUUGACAUGCGUACAGGAAAACUAUUAGGAUGCUUUGUGGGUAAAUGUAGUGGCAGCAUAAGGUCCAUUGUAAGGCAUCCAGAGCUUCCCUUGAUUGCCUCAUGUGGGCUGGACAGCUGGUUACGUUUCUGGGAUGUAAAGACACGACAACCACUUUCUGCGGUUUUCCUCAAGCAGCAUCUUACUAGCCUUGUGAUUGAUGCAAAUUUUGAGGAUGAAGUUUCAGAAGCUGCAGGCAUUUCUCAGCAACCGAAAGAGUUGAAAGAGUCUGAAUGUACAGGAAUCGAAGGUGACGACGAAUCUGAAGGUGACCAUGAAACGGUGCAUCGGAAAAGAAAGAAGUCAUCUAAAUCUAAAGACAGAGAUCGACGCAAGAGGGUGAAGUCAAAAAAAAGCAAGAAGAUUCCUCAAGAUGAUGAUGAUGAUAACAAUGACAAUGCAUUAUAAUGUUACAGGCCAUGGCUUAUUAUUCUUUUUCUUCAGCGGGCAUGUGACAAGGCUAAGGGAAGGUGAGAAAGCUCGAGCAUUAGAACAGCGACAUGAGCAUGUAAGUUACCCUGCUACAAGAGCACGCCUAUGAAUGGAUUUGCUGAAUGUGAUUGCGGGUCAAUCCAUGUAAUGGCUCAUACCAUUCAAUGUCCCACUUAGAGGUUUUCCAACUGGUUGGGAGGUAGAGGCUUUUUGUUGUGUUUUUUCAGAUUACUGAUAAAGGAUCGUAUUCAUUAUUUUGUAAGGACUUUCAUUGUGGCGCAUAUGAUCCUUGGUGAUAGAUGCUCCCAUAUGAUCAGGCAUUGGUUUUGACAGAUUUACUUUGGCUGGAUGAUUGUUAGCAUGGCGAAUCAGAUGGACGGUUAAGAGGAAACAUAGGCAGGUCCAAGUUCAAAAUGCAAACUUGGUCAGUAGGAAUAUUUUGUAAAAUUUAUGCUGUUAUAAUUUUUGGGAUUGUGGUGAA